ACAUUUUCAUUCAGUUGAUGAAUUAAUCCUCGACCGAAGUUGUUCAUUCUCCUGUCAUUAAAUUAUAGAGAAAUGAAGAGAAUCGCGCUUCUCGUCUUAGCUCUCGCUACUAAUGCAAUUGCAGAUGAAGAUGAAAUGAUACAAAUGGAAGCUGUGGAUUUCGAAACCGGCAUACAGACGAUCAAAGACUGUCUAGAUGGAGCUGAGACGACUAUAGACGAGCUGAAUCUUAUAAGACAAAAGAUGCUAGAAAUCAAAGAAGAUGAAGAUAUCGAUGAAGAAACUAAAGAAUAUUUCCUAACAUACGGUCGUUAUAUAGCAUGCAUAUUGGAAAAGGAAGAUUUGAUAAAGGAUUCGAAGCUAGUUGUAGACAAAAUAAUGAAAGAGAAUGAGAAAGAUGAUACACCAUUAAACAAAAAGGACUUGGAGAAAUGUCUAAAUUCACUAAACGAAGGCGAUUUGAAUUUGGAACAAAGAGCAUUCGGACUUGUGCUUUGCUUUCAAAACGUCAAGUUGGCAAGCCCAAACAAGAGAUAAAAAGUAGAAGAAGAGAUUCGCGCAAUACGUAAUAUUAUUUAGAUUGGAAAAAUCACGAUUCUUCCUGUAGUGCAGUGAUAACAUUAUAAAAAGAAAAAUUUCAUCGGGGUUUAAGGAAAAUAAGAUGCCAUUUUUCUCUCUUUAUGUAGGUUCACAAUAAUCUUGUAAAUUCACAAUAAACGUUGUUGCUUAUAAUUCAUGUUAAAUAAAACUGACCGUUUAGUUAAAAA